AUGCUCAUGCCUCGUGAGGGCGGGCGGGAUGAGGCUCAGAAGCUGCACAGAAAAUGGAUGAAACACCAGGCCUUCAUGGCCGAACUGGCUCGCAACAAAGAAUGGCUGGCCAAAAUCGAACAGGAGGGUAAGGAGUUGAUCGAGGAGCAGCCAGAGCUUAGGCCUGUAGUACACCAGAAGCUGAAGGAGAUGAGGGAAUGCUGGACACAUCUGGAGAGCACCACUAAGGCCAAAGCUCGCCAGCUGUUCGAGACACAGAACCACAGAACCACAGAUGUUCCAUCGCACAGCCUCUCCGAUCUGGACCAGCACCUCAGCUUGCUCCAGGACGAGCCACCACAAUCCUCGCACUCGACACACACCAGCCCCUCGGCCAGCGCCGCCAUCCUGAACCCUCGAACCACAUUUAGCCAGCAGCUGCAAAGGAUACAGUCAAUGGAGGCUCAGAUGCAUCUCUAUCCUGGUUUGGUGCAGCUGAAGUCUGAUAUUAGUGGACAGAGUGAUGUCGAUGGAGCUGACAUGUUGCACCGCGGACCAAUGGGUAUGGAGGUCCAGGGCUCAGGGGGUGUGGCUGAGACGCGGAUUGUGCGCCUGAUUGAGCCACUGAAAGAAAGGAGGCGGAUCCUUCUGGCCUCCAAAGAAAUGCACCAAGUCACGCAGGACCUGGAAGAUGAGAUCGUGUGGAUUCAGGAGAGAUUACCGUUGGCCUCCUCGACGGAAUAUGGCACCAACAUGCAGAGCGUUCAGCAGCUUGUUCAAAACCACGAGGCUUUGCAGAUGGAGAUGCAGGCCAGAAAGGGGCGUGUCGAGGAGGUGCUGGAGAGGGCCGACGCAGUCGCCGCCCUUCGCACUCCCGAGGUGGAGAUCAUCAGAGAGGGAGCGAUGCACGUCAGGCAGCUGUGGGAGGUGCUCCAGGUGGAGGCAGAGCGUCGUACGGUGAUGCUGGAUGCAGUAAGCCAUGCCCAGCAAUACUACACGGAGGCAGCGAAGGCGGAGUCGUGGCUCAGUGGGCAAAAGCUUCAUGUUCUCAAUGAAGAGAAUGGCAACGAUGAAGCGAGCACGCUAAGGCUGCUGAAAGAGCAGUUGGCUUUAGAGCAGAAGGUGGAGAAUUACGCCGACACCGUGGGCUUCCUGUCUCAGCAGUGCCGCCGUAUGUUGGAGCUGGGACACCCUGACAGUGAACAGAUCACUAAGCAGCAGGCGCACAUCGACCGGCUCUACGUCUCCCUGAAGGACCUGGUGGAGCAGAAGAAGACCAAGCUGGAGCAGCAGUACUGGCUCUACCAGCUGAAGAAGGAGGUGGAGGCUCUGGAGAAGUGGAUCUCUGAGAGAGAGGCUGUAGCCAGCUCCACUGAGCUCGGCCAGGAUCUGGAGCACGUCACGGUGCUGCAGGAGAGGUUCACCAAGUUUCGCGCUGAAACAAACACCGCAGGUCAGAGGCAGAUGGACUCAGUGAACAAGAUGGUGAACGAGAUGAUCGACUGUGGCCACGCAGAUGCUGCCACCAUCGCUGAGUGGAAGGACGGCCUGAACGAGUCGUGGGCUGACCUGCAGGAGCUGAUGGAGACCAGAGCACAGAUGCUCGCUGCCUCACACCAGCUCCACAAGUUCUUCACAGACUGCCAGGAGGUACUGGUGCAGAUUGAGGGGAAGAUGAGGCAGUUACCAGAGGUGCGUUCGUGUCAGGUGAGCACUGCCAACCCCGGCACACUACAGAGACUACUGCACUCCUUUGAACACUCUCUGCAGCUGCUUGUCUCACAGGUGCGUCAGCUGCAAGAGAAUGCGUCUCAGCUUCGUGCAAUCUACGCUGGUGAGAAAUCCGACGCUAUCUUGGUCCGUGAGCAAGAAGUGAUGCGUGCGUGGAAGGAGCUCCUUGUGGCGUGCGAGGGCAGCCGCGUGCAGGUUACCACGGUGACGGACAAAAUCCAGUUCUUUGCCAUCGUCCGUGAGCUCAGCAUGUGGACAGACGGGAUCAUGGGACAAAUCGGUCCGUUUGAGGAUGCACGGGACAUGUCCACUCUGGAGUGUAUGAUCUCCCAGCACCAAAACCUGAAGAGUAAAAUGGAGAGCAAAAGCAAGAGUUUUAUGCACUGUGUGGAGAUGGGAAAGAUGCUGCUUGCAGCACACAAUCCUGCAGCUGAGGAGGUAAAGGAGAAGUUGGACUAUGUGAUGGCAAAGCAGAAAGAUCUGAAUGAUAAGUGGGAGCAGCACUGGGAGAAACUCCAGCGCAUGCAGCAGCGGAUACAGUCUGCACAAACGAGCAAGGCCGAAGGGACGUGGCACACGAUGAAGGAGUCGCUGAGCAGCAGUGGUGAGGCAGAGGGCGGGGCUGAUGAGGUGCAGCAGCUGAUUCGCCGACAUGAAGCGUUUCGUAAGGCGGCGUCUACGUGGAAGGAGCAUUUCAGCUCCUUACGACAGGCAGAGAAAUUGAAAGAAGAGCAAAGCAAGCAGUCCACCACCUCAUCUCUCCUCAACAGACAGAUGUUUCCUCUGUCCUGCCUUGUACCCAGCUCUUCCUCGUCCUCCUCUUCAUCAUCUCUUUUCCGGAGCCCUCUGCAGGACAUGCUCCUUGAGGCCAAAUCCGGUCCAGACCUUACACAUACCCCACACGCUUUUGCCCAGAAGCUCGGAUCUGCCCUAAAUCCUUAUGCUCCUGUCAUGAAUGGCUCUCUCUACCACAGGCUCAAUCAACAAACUGGGACGUUGGGCACAAACAGCUCCAGUCAAACCAGGUUAAACCAACAGGGUGUUUUGGGGGUGGACAGCUCGAGUUAUAGUGGCCUGAACCAAGUAGGCAUGUUAGGUUCAGACAGCUCCAGCUACACCGGAUUAAACCAACAAGGUGUCACAGGAGCCAAUGGCCUGAACCCCCUUAGUGCUAUGGGUGUGACUGAACCCAAAACCGCGUUUCCCUGGCAGCAGCUCAAAGCUGACUUAGAGCCCACGAUCAACCACAUGCACAAGGCUGGAGGUCCUCUGCUGGAGGCCCACACUGGGCAUCUGGUCCCAGUGGGUGUGCCAGUGGGUACCGAGGCAUCCUUAGAGCUGCUCCAUGGACGGUUGCAGAGGGACCCUCGCGGCAGCCGCUCAGACCCCCAGAUGGACCAUCUGCGCAGGGAGAGGGAGUACCGGCUUGGACGCCACACCUCCAGUGAGCAGGAGAUCCAGGCGCGGCUCAACGAGCUGCCCAUGAUUGUGCGCCAGGAGAGGCACCAGCGGCGCAGACUAGAGCGCCAGUCUUCCAGCGAGCAUGAGGGCGGCAGCAGCAGGCACAGACUUCAGAGACAGGAUUCCAGUGACCAGGAGUCAGGGAAAGAAGGGUCAGACAAGAAGCAGUCAGGGGACAAACGCUCCGCAAUGGCUGAGAUUGUUGAACAGGUGCAGGAGAGAGAAGCAUGCAAUGCGAGGGGAGAGUUGUAUCGUCCUCCCAGCAGUCUCUCCGCCCCUGUCUCACGUCUCGACCGGCCUCGAGCUCGUGAUCGACCAAAACCACGCCGACGGCCACGUCCCAAAGAACCCGAGGAGACGCGGCGGUCACGGUCAGCACCAGCUCAGAGUGCGCCAAGCACGCCGCAGCCACCCACACAUACCGUUCAUGAGGAGGGCUUCCUGUACCGUAAACAUGAAGAGGAGGGCAAAGACAAGAGUCCCAAAAGGUCGUGGGUGAACCUGUACUGCGUACUCAACAAGGGCGAGAUCACCUUCUACAAGGACCCCAGGAACAUGACGACCACAUACAACGACGAGCCGCUCCUCAACCUCGCCAUCUGUACCUUCGACACCACCAACGGCUACAAGAAGAAGAAGAAUGUCUUCAUCCUGAGGAGUGAAACCGACGGGAAUUAUAUCUUCUUGGCCAAAGACGAGGAAGACCUGAAGCGUUGGGUGAACAGCAUAAACACCAGCCUGAGUGAGAUUGAGGAGAUCGCCAAGUGGGAGAAGCCCACCACCUCCUCCACCGACCCCGACAAAUCAGAACGCAAAGAGCGCUCCGAGGGGGCGGAGCCGUCGGAGAAGUCGGAGAAGUCGGAGCGCUCAGAUCAAUCGGACAAGCGAGAGGGGGAGAAAAGCUCCGAAAGCUCAGAAAAGAGGGACACGUUGGAGAAGGAGAGGAUGGAGCGACGAGGGAGGGAGAGAGGAGAGAAGGAGAGGGGAGAAAAAAGAGAGAGAGGAGAAAGAGGAGACCAAGAGAGGGAGAAGGAGAAGGAGAGGGGAGAUCGGAGUUCCAGAGGUUCGAGCACCUCGGGGAAAAGUAAAUGAUCCACUCAGCCCAUCCAUCCAUCCAUCCAUCCAUCCGUCUGUCCAUCCAUCCCUCCAUCCAUUCAUCUUUCCAAGAAGAACGAGCUCUUUUAGUUCUCCGUCAUCCCGAUGACACGCUGGUGAGGUUUUCCUGUGAACGUAGCAUCCAAAGAGAGCGUCUGCAAAAGCGUAGGAAUGAGUCUUGUCCUAAAAUUAGUAAACAAAGACAAAAACGUCCCCAUGAUAUCUGAAAAGCCUU